AUGGCAAGCACUUCAGUGUUGUUGGUUUCUCUUUCCCUCAUCUUGAUCAAUAUAAUCACCUUACCUCUCCUAUCAACCGCCAUCUCCUCCUGCAACGGCGCUUGCAAAACCCUCAACGAUUGCGCGGGCCAGCUCAUUUGCAUCAACGGCAAGUGCAACGACGACCCUGAUAUUGGGUCUAACGAAUGCGGGGGAGGGGGAGGCCCAUCAUCGCCACCUCCUACCACGAAUAAUUGUCAACCCUCAGGAACUCUAGUUUGCCAGGGAAAAUCAUACCCUAAAUACACAUGCUCCCCGCCCGUGACGUCAUCCACUAAAGCCAGCCUUACCCUCAACGAUUUCAGUGAAGGUGGGGACGGUGGUGGCCCGUCUUAUUGUGACGAAAAAUACCAUGCAAAUAGUGAGAGGGUUGUGGCACUUUCUACUGGGUGGUUUGAUAAUAAGUCGAGGUGCGGGAAGAUGAUAAGAAUUAGGGCAAGCAAUGGGAAGAGUGUGACAGCCAAAGUGGUGGAUGAAUGCGAUUCACGUGCUGGAUGUGAUGCAGAGCAUGCAGGUCAGCCGCCGUGUAGGAACAAUAUUGUUGAUGGGUCUGCGGCUGUAUGGAAUGCUUUGGGACUGAACCAAGAUUUGGGCGUUGUUCCUGUUACUUGGUCAAUGGCCUAG